ACACAGAAAUAGUUCAAAAACAAAUAUUAUCAAGAUUAUACCGCAAGUUUAAGAAUAAUAUAUAAAUACGAAGUCGAAUUAUUAAAAGUAUCAAUCGUUUCAUUAGCUUUUGGUACGUACACACACAUAACCGAAAAAAAAACCCAAAUCAAAAUGGUGGUUUCUAUGGAUCGAUGGGUUGGUAAAGUUGCUGUUGUAACUGGAGCUAGUUCUGGUAUAGGUGCCGCCAUUGCAACGAAAUUAGUAGAAGCGGGUGUUAUAGUAGUAGGAGUAGCGAGAAGAAAAAACCUCAUAGAACAAACGGCGAAAAGUCUCGAAGGUAAAAAAGGUAAAUUACACGCUUUUUCGGCCGAUCUUACUAAAGAAGAAGAAGCCAAGAAGGUUUUUAAAUGGACAUCGGAUAACGUCGGACCUGUCAGUAUACUAGUUAACGGAGCUGGUAGAUUCGGUCCGCCGAAUACGUUUUUCGAUGGUCCCAGUGAAAAUUGGAAACCAAUUUUGGAUAUCAACGUAUUGGGUUUAUGCUAUGUUACAAAAGAAGCUGUUACGGUAAUGAGAGCUAACAAAAUCGACGGUCAUGUAAUCAAUAUGAACAGUAUUUUGGGACAUUCUGUACCAGUUCAUGUAGGUUGUACGAUGUAUCCGACUUCUAAAUACGCCGUUACAGCCCUCAGUGAAAUAUUCAGACUGGAAGUCAUCAAGGAUAAUUUGAAAAUCAAAAUAACAUCCAUAAGUGCCGGUGCAGCAGACACUCCCUUAUUUACGGAAGAGCAAAGGAAAACUAAGAGUUUUCAAGAUUCUAUCGGUGACAGAAUGCUAACUUCAGAAGAUAUAGCAGAUGCAGUUUUAUUCGCGUUAUCCACUCCACCUAAAGUUGAGAUUUUCGAUAUUGUUAUAAAACCUUUGAACGAACUAGCAUAAAAUUUUUGAGUAAAAAUGAUUUUGUGUAAUUAAUAAAUCUGUUUUCUCUCCAAA